GUGGCCUUUGUUGUUGCUUAAAAUAAAAACACAGGAAGUUAUGUUAAGCCUGCGGACAUCAUUAAAAAGAUGCCUCUCGGCUCGCAGCAGAAGCAUCUCUGCUCUGUACAUAACAGGUGACAAGGCCAACGAAAACUACGUUACCCUGCAGCCGUACUUGGAUUUUAAGGAGACCUUUACAGACAGCGAAUCUCUGGAGCGAAGCAUCGCCAGUCGAGGCUUGGACAUUCGACUGGAAAGUGUGCUCGGCAAGUACCAGAGGUACCAGACGUACCAUAACCAACUAGUGAAGGUGUCGGAGGAACGGGAGACGGUAACCAAACGACUUAAGGAACUGACCAAGGCUGGAGCCGACGCUGAGCAGCUAGAAGAGCUCAAAGAGCGUGGAAAGUCAUUGCGCAACGACUUGAAGUCACUGAAACAGGCACUCUAUCCCAUAGAAGACGAUUUCAUUCAUGACUACCUUAUUCUGCCGAAUCGCCUACAUGCCCAAUGUCCCACUGGUGACGAGGAAAAGCUGCUUUAUCGCCACAGACUGCCCAGCUGUGGAACGGAGCCCAAGACUUCCUCUCAUCUAGCAAUCAAGGAUCUCAUACACUUUGUGGACAACAACCGGUACUACUUGAUGGAACAUGCUGCCCAUUUUGACGUCAACGCAAUGCAGUCCCUAGCCCGCUAUUUCGUGAAACACGGUGACUUUAUUCAAACCGCCAAUCCGGAUUUUGUGCGUUGCGUUCUUUUGGAGGCGAAUGCUACGCCCAUGGACGACUAUUAUUUGGUGAAGGAGGAGCAUCUGCAAAAUAAGAUCAACACAGCCUACUUGACGGGAGGAGCCGCAUUCGAAAGCUAUCUCGGCGCCAUGACCAAACUGUGCAUAUAUCCAUCGGUCCUGCCGCUGCGCUAUGUGUGCUGUGGUCGCAGCUACAGUCGAGCGGAAGCGAAGCUUUAUGGUCCCGAUCCUAAUCUCUACACGGCGACGCAAACGAAUGCAGUGCAGAGCUUUGUAGCCACACAAACAUCUGACGAAGCGGACGUUGAAAUGGAGCAGAUCUUGAGUCUGACCAUAGACUUUUACAAAGCUCUGGAUAUUCCCUUUCGGAUUGCUUACGCACCAGCAGCCACGCUCACUCCGGCGGAGAGCCUGAGAGCCGUCAUCGAAGUGUAUGCUCCAUCGCUCCAACGUUACGUUUGCGUGGGAAGGAUCAGUAACUACGGAGACUUUGUAUCCAAACGAAUCCUAUUCAGCACGCGACGUGGGAAGAACUAUGAUUUUCUCCACCUAGUCGGUGGACCUGUGCUCUACACCUCGCGACUGAUAGCAGCUCUCCUGGAGCACGGCAUGAACCUGGCAAACUGCCAGCUACCGGGGACUGCAAACCGCCAAGACACAGACCACCAACGGGGACUGCAGCAAUUUAAGGACCUCUUCGCGUAG